AUGGAAGCCGAACACGUGUGGGAUGGUGACUUUGACAAGCGCCUCGAGAGCUGCAUCUGGGAGAUCUUUGGUGCACAGAGCGAGGAAGAAGCAGCAGCCCGGGAGGCCGAGCUGAAAGAGUCACAGCCCCGGGCGGGCGUUUGCCCGGUGCAGUGGGGCCAGCAGGACGUGGCAUUCCGAUGCUUAGACUGCGAGUUGGACAGCAACUGCAUUCAGUGCUGCGAUUGCUUCUUCAAGGCGCCGCAUGAGGGCCACGAGGUCGCGCUGAUUCGCACAGUGGGCGGAAGCUGUGACUGCGGAGAUCCGCACUCCUGGGCGCCAUCAGGCUUCUGCCCGGAGCACUGCGAAACACCACAAAGGCUCGACAACGAGGAGUCGCUGGACCUCUUACCUCCACUGCUCCGCACACGUGCAGAGGCCCUGGUGCCCGAGCUCAUGGCGCAGGUUGACCAAAGGCUGACGCCCCGACUACGCAUGCACGGACUACGCAAUGAGGCUGAAGCAGACAAGACGAUCCGUGAGAAGCAGGCAGCGCUUGUCUUCGGGGCCUUGCGAAGACUGGGUGAGGCGGCCUUCGGUCUGCGCUAUCUUGUGGUACAAGAGCUCCAAGGCGACCGCUUGGCGAACUGGAUGAAAGCCGGGGUGGACGAGGCUCUCUUCUCCGAGGCUUUGGAGCGGUUCUUCUUGCUGUACGUGCAGGUCUCCCCAUGUUUCAAGCGAACCUUCGCGAAGACGUUCAUCCGCCAGUACGAUCAGAUCCUGCAGGAUGCUCCUCGCCUGGAUGCCCUUGGAGUUCAGUUCCUCACCAUCCCCGAGGUUGCCGUGGAACUCGUUGCGAAGGAGGAUGCUUUUGGAGCCCUUCUUUCAGCAGCGAACAGGUUACUAACUUCCGUCGUGGAUCACGAGGACGAGAAUAUGGUGUUCCAGGAUCCGGAGCCUCUGCAAACAAAUUGGGAGAAGCUGAGAAGCGUCUUCCAUUCUGUUGGCUUUCUGUGCUUCCACAAGUCCGUCUGUGAGCAUAUCCUCAAGACGCCCUCCGUGUUGGAGGCCAUAGCCGAGGUGCUGCAGCGCCUUUGGCGCAUGUCGCCUCAGCAGCGGGCCAUCGUGCGACAUGUUCUUUACGAGACCCGGCAACUCCAAAUCCAGGUCUUCACCCUAGAGUCCGAGAUCCUGCGCUAUUUCUUCACUCUUUGCGACUUCUGCAGACGGCCGCAGGCUACGUUGGAGGAGCUCCAGCCCCUCUACGCCUGGCUGGUUGCCUCCUUGCAGGACUCCAGGGGCUUCCUCAGUUCCUUCAACAAUGCCAGCGCGGCAUCCUUCCACCUGCCAGCGUUGAGGCUUCUCACCCUCAGCCUAAACUUCGAGCUUCUCCUGGAUCCGAGCCUUGCUGACAGCUGGCGGAAGAUAUUCCCUCGAGAUUUCCUUGUGACCUGCAUCAUGCACACAGUGCGCACGCUACGAUUUGAGGCGGAGAUCCGGGCGGGCUGGUGGGUCCGGAACGGCGAGUCCAUGCGAGCGCAGCAUGUUGACUACCGGACCAAGUUUCGCCAAACGGACAUCAUGACACUCCAGGCAUUCAUGAUACUCCUGCACAUGCAUGGAAGCGAGGACACGGCUUGCGAGCCCCUGAGCUGCCUCUGGACCGCUGUGUUCAGUGACGAUGCCCCCAGCGCCUCCAAGCCGGAGGCAUCUGUGUGGACUUCAUGGAGAAGGCAGUGGGUUGAGAACGCUGUCAGCGAACAGACCAGGACUCGAUUCCGCUUGUUCUGGCUGAUUCUUUGCCAAGUGCUGAACGAGAUGUUUCCCAUCGAGGUGGCGGCGUGCCGCCGCGACUGGGAGCCGAGGUACUCCUAUCGCUGCCCCGUGAUCUUGCAGCGGUUUCUGAUUCAGGUCCUUGCUACGGGGCCCUUGUCGCUCUCCGAACUCGCCAACAUGGUGCCAAAGGAGCUCCAGGUGCGGGAGGGUCAACUGGCAGAGGCCCUGGAGGCCGUGGCCACGCGCCAAGAUGCCCGCUACGUGCUCAAGCAGAGGAGCUGGCAACACUUCGACAUCUGCAUGGCAGAAGCCAUGCCAAUCCGGAGCUGGCGGGACGGUACCUGGCGCGAGAGGCAACAUCGCGCCGAGGAGAAGGCCUUGGCACAAGAGGUGUCGAUGCUUGGUCCCCGGCGCGCUGAUGGCCUGACUCUUGCUCCAGCGUGGCAGGACCACCUCGUGGAAAGCCUGUGCAACUCAGAGCUCGUCCCUCUCGUGGUGGACUUCAUUGAGAUUCAAAGUAGUUUCCGCCAAGACAAAGAGGCGCAGUCCUCGGUGUGGCGGCAUCCAGCUCAACACGAGGAUGGAUCUUUGCUACACUGUCUGAAGGUCCUCGACAUACUCAGCGACGCGCAGUCGCCACAUGUCCCAGGUGCCCCGGCAACCUUGACAGCUCACCUGCGGCUGCCAGUGACGGCAGCGACGGGAGGUGAUUAG